AUGUCUCCUUCCACCAGUAUGUCUCCUUCCAUCAGCGUAUCUCCUCUUACCACCCCUAAACCGACGCACGUCUCAAGUUCCGAAGUCUCAACCACUGGCGCUUCCAGCAGCAAGUCUGAGUCAAAGUCAUUUCUUCAGCCUUCCAAAACAAAGAUAUCUUCAGUCUCCUCCUCGAGGGUACCUGUUUCAACCACAGUUUCCAGUACACUGGUUGGGUCUUCAACUGCUGGGUCUUCAACUAUUGAGUCUAUCACCGAGUCCACUCUUGAGACCACUGUUAAGACCACUGUUAAGACCACUGUUGAGACCACCACUGUUGAGACCACCACUGUUGAGUCCACCACCGAGUCCACCACCGAGUCCACCACCGAGUCCACCACCAAGCUAGCAUCCUCGCAGGAGUCGGCUAAAACCUCUCCCAGCCAUUAUUUCUCAUCCCACGAUGUAUCUAUCUUUGCUGACUCGGUCACUCCCACCACUUUGGACACUCCCACUCCUGUGCCCACCUCUGAAACUGUCAGCAGCGACUUGACUUCAACAUUGUCUUCAACAUCGACUCCAACUACCUCUGAGUUGCCUGAGUCAACCAAGGAGUCAACUGAGUCAGUCGAGCAGUCCUCAGUCCAGUCAACUCAUCAGUCCUCGUCUCAGCCAAUUGAUCAGUCCUCAGUCCAACCAAUUGAGCAGUCCUCAGCCCAACAAAAGUCUGAAACAACAUCUUCUAUUGAUGUUCAAGUUUCCCCCGCUUCUGUAGAGCCUUCUUCAGACGCAGUUAACCCUGUGUCUUUGUUUUCAGUGGCUUCCUCUGUUGAAGCCAACUCGGUUCUUUCUUCUUCAGUGACUGUAAUUCCAGGACCUCUGACUUCCUCCCCAGUCCAAUCUGCUGAGAUUCCAAAGACUGCCACUGCCACGGAUUCCAUCUCAGAGUCUCCCACGUCUUCCAAACAGUCUCCUUCCGAGUCUCCUCUGGCGUCCCCGGACUUUUCCCAGUCCAAAGAGCCCUCCCAGACUUCAACGACCUCAGCUGUCAACGAACCAGCUCCCGUGGAGACCUCCCCUGUCCCUUUUUCUUCCGCGGCUACUGCGGCUGAAGCCCAGCUCCUUGAUCAACACUCUUCUCAGUCUCUGAGUCAAGCCAAGAAUCCACCCCAAGCGACUGGUGAAGCGCCAGACAAACCCGCAGCCGAACACCCCGAAGAAGACAAGCCCAGGGAGAGUGAAGACAAGCCGAGGGAGAGUGACAAGUUGGAGGAGAUUGCGGGUUCCCAAAGUGUCCAAACUGAUACACCCAAACAGAGCUCUCAACCGACAGGCUCUCAGCCGAAGGACUCUCAGCCGAAGGGCUCUCCUAAAGACAACACCCCGAAAGAUACCCCGAAAGACAAUACUGCUGCCACCACUGCUCUCGAAAAACCUCUCCAAGCCAACGGAGCCUCUUCCAUUGCAGGAAGCACUGCUGUUGUACUGCUCACCUUUCUUGUAACCCUUCUAGUCUAA